AUGAUGAGCUCCAAAGAGGAAGAAACUCUCCGUUUUUUCCAGUAUGUCGAGGAGAAUGGGCUGAGAGCCUACAACGGCCUGGUAGCUCAAAACUUGGACCACGCCAGGAAUGAGAGAAAUAGGGCAUUUCUGCAGGAGAAAAACGACAAGAAGAGAAAACAGGAGGAAGCCAUAAGGAGGACGGGUGAGGACAUAGCAACUGAAGGCAAGCACUUACGUAUGGGCUCCAUUACAAUGCCAGACCCCCAGGAACGCAUGCCCAUGCCCCACCCGCAUGCCCUUGCCUGUGGCCAGGGCUUUUCUGUGCGCUCCCAGUCCCUUCACUCAGUAGGUGGUGGAACCAGCGGGGGUGGAGGAGAGGAAGAGGUGGGAAGCCCUACCUCUAGGAAACAGCCCCCACCCAAGCCCAGGAGGGACCCGGCCACUAAGCUGAGCAUGUCGUCUGAGGCAGUGGACCACAGUCCCAUGUCCACCUGCCGCGGGGAGAGAUGUGACGCAGCUCACGGAUGCAGUGAGGACUGUAGGAGGGUGCCGCCACCCAAACCUAAGAGGAACCCAAACACACAACUGAGUGUUUCCUUUGAUGAGUCCUACAUCAAGAGCCACGGAGGCAGCGGGGUUUGCCUUCCCAGACCCCUCCACCACAUCACCUCCCCCUGCGAACGCAACACCUCACCACCACAGAGUGAUGAAAGCCCUACAGACGACUGUGAAGAUGAACCUGUCUACAUAGAGAUGGGUGGGAUUGAUGUUGGAGGACGAGAACCGCUAAAGAGUGAGGAUGAGGAGCCAGGAGAGGCUGUGUAUGAGGAGAUGAAGUAUCCAGCUUUGGACGAUAUGGAGUACCGUACUGACCCUGUGGGAUGUCGCUCUGCAUGCCCUACCCCAGCACCAUAUGACCCUGAACCUCUCAGUCGCUGCUCUACACCUCGUAACAUUCCCCUCUGUGACAUUCCUGCACCAUUUCCCAAUUUACUUACCCAUCGGCCUCCACUGCUGGUGUUCCCCCCGGCACCAGCCCAAUGCUCACCUAACUCAGAUGAGUCUCCCCUCACUCCUCUAGAUGUAGCCAAAUUACCCAUGCUAGAGAACCAGUCCUACAGCAAGUCCCCAACCUCUUCUACUGAGCCACCCUCCUCUGCACAUAUCCGCAGGGAGCUCACUGCCACCCCAACCCUCACUGUCUCUGGGCGCUCUUCUGCACCUCCUCUACCCUGCACCCUCUACAAAUCAUCCUCCUCAUCCUCCUAUCAGCGCAGCCACUCUGCUUGCCCAUCACCAGUCAGCAUGGGCCGCUGUCUCACCCCACUGAGCCUCAUGCGGACACCUCCCUUUGACGCUCCAAUGCCAUUCCCUGGGGGUCUGCCACGAAGCGCCUCUGCCACCCCUCACGGCAAGGGCUCGCCACCUCAAGACAGUGUGGGUAGACUCCAUGGCUCAAUGCAGAAUGUGUCAACAGGGCGAUCACGGACACCCACCAGCCCACUGGACGAACUCACCAACCUGUUCACAACAGGCAGGAAUAUGCUGAAGAAAAACACCAGUGGCAGAAAGUCCAAAGAGCCUGGAGAGACUGAGUCCAAAAGCAAAUCUCACAGUGAGUCCAAGCGUGAAGGCAAGGACCGCCACAGCCACAGUCACAGCAAGGAGUCCAAGCGAGACAAGGAACGCCACAGCAAAGAAUCCAGCAAUGUAGAGCCCCUUUCUCACAGGCGCAACAGUAAAGACCGUACUUGUAGUGGUGUAGAAGUGCCACCUGUUCGCAGGGAUAGCAGGGAUAGCAGGGACCAGGGCUGCAGCAGUGUAGAACCCAUCCCUGUGAGACGGGACUCCAAAGACAGAAGCUGCAGCUCCAUAGAACCCAUCCCAUUGAUAGGAAGAGACUCCAAGGACAGAGGGAUUAGCAAUGGAGACCUUAUGCCAAGGAGAGACAGCAAAGACCGUAUCGGAGGGCAUGGAAUCGAGUGUUUGCUGAGACAGGACAGCAAAGACAGAGAGAGACUGCUAGAUCAGCCGCCUGAGCUGGUACCAAGGCAAGACAACAAGGAGAGGGCAAGGAAUGGUGUAGACUGUAGACAUGAAAGCAGAGAGAGAUUGCUGGAUCAUCCACCUGAGGUCUUACCCCGACAGGAUAGCAAAGAGAGAGCCAGGAAUAGUGGGGACUCAAAACAAGAAAGAGACAGGCCACCUGAGCUUCUGCCCAGACAAGAGAGUAAAGACAGAGUUAGAACUGGAGCGGAAUAUAAGCACGAUAGCAAAGAUCAUCGUCCUGAUUUCAAGGACAGGGCUGGCUACAGCUCUGAAUCCAAACUUGAAGGCAGAGAUCGGAGCUGCCACAAUGGAGAUCUUCCUCCUCCUCCUCUACCCAGACAGGACAGUAAAGAUCUGAGCAGAACUGGCCUCGAAGUGAGGCGGGACAGCAAAGACAGAAGUCUAAAUGGCUCUGAUCAACAUCAUUAUGAUGUCAAAAACACUAAGAGCCCUACUUCAAUGGAGUACAGGUGUGAGAGUAAAGAAAGAGGAUACAGAUCAGAUGGCACGCCCCGACGAGACAACAGAGCAAAUUACAGCAUGGACCAAUCAAAAGCACAAGAGAGGAAUGGCAGCACAGUGUCAGGGCAGCAUUCAUCCACAACGACACCCACUCAUCAUGGAAGAUCAUCUGUUAGCCCGCCGAUGACUGUGGGAACUGGAAAUGGUGAGGCAGCACCUAAGUAUGGCCGCUCACCUUCUAUGCCUGCUAACCCAUCACCAAUGGGAACUCCACAAAGGAGAGCAGCAGAGACACAUCAAAGCCAGAUGCCCCAGAUGCCAUGGAUAUGUGGCGACACCACCAUGCUAGAGCAGAUUGAGAGGAAACGCACCCUCUGCAUGGAGAUCCGCUCCAGACAACAUCCACACUUGCAGAAAUCUCUGGAUAGGCCUCCUCCGGACAGGAACGAGGACAGACACCAGGAGCGCAGUCAGUGCAAGCAAGAAAGCCCAUCUGUCCUCCCAGGCUGGGGGAAAAGCAGUGGGGCCAAAAAGAUCCGUCCUCCCCCGUACCCUACACAGACAACUGUAUUCUGGGACACAGCCAUCUGA